UUCCAGAUCAACAGUUGUCUCGUGAAAAGGAGUUGCACUCGUGCGGGUGGUUACUCCUUCCUUGGUACUUGGGUGUUAUUGGGAGAGAAGUGUGUUGCCAGCUACGGAGUUUCUUACGUUUUUUAUUUGGAGUAAUUGAAUAGUAAUGAUUCCGCAACAUAUGGAAGAAAAUCUUCAUUAUCGCGAAUUACAUUUAAGACCUAUAACUUUUCAAAGAAAUACAUUGGGUAUACGGAAUUUUUUGGAUCGUCUUGGUCAUAGUAAAACACUGAAAGGUCAUGAAGGCUGUGUGAAUUGCUUACAGUGGAAUACUUCAGGAAGCUUAUUAGCUAGUGGUUCUGAUGAUAUGCAAAUUCGUUUGUGGAGCGCGGAAGGUAAAGCUUUGCACUGUAUCAAAUCCGGUCAUAUGAAUAACAUAUUUUCGGUGCAGUUUUUACCAAGUGGAAGCGAUGAUUUACUGAUAAGUGCCGCAGGUGACAGUAAUGUAAGGAUGCAUUCGAUUGCUCGCUCUGAUGUGCCUUACGUAUGGUGGUCCGGAGGUCGUGUAAAGCGUUUAGCCAUAACGCGUGCUGAUCCAUAUCUAUUUUGGUCUGCUGCAGAAGAUGGUUAUAUCAAGCAGUAUGACGUUCGCACCGCUAAAGCUACAAGUUUAAUCAAAUUUGAUCAGAAGGAGUGUAAAUCGUUGGCAAUAAAUGAAAAUCGUCCGGAAAUGAUUGCGGUUGCAUUAAAUGAAGCUCCUGUUCCUCUUUAUGAUCGAAGGAAUGUAUCGGAACCAUUAUUUACUGUUAUUCCAGGUCACAUUCCAAUCUCUGAUUCAUCCUCGCGUCACGCGUUUAGGACACUAUCGGUGACCCAUGUUGGCUUCAAUUCUUUAGGCAACGAACUUAUUGUUAAUAUCGGCGGGGAACAAAUUUACAUAUUUAAUGUUUUUGAUCGAGCACAUGAACCAGAUGCUUUGCAAUCACUGAACAGUUUUAUUGAUGAUCCUGUUCGAAAUUUAUCGGACAACGGCGGUUUUCCUGGCUUUGAUAAAACAACAACGGAAGUUUUUAGAGGAGAACGUGAACAAGCAAAAAUUCAUUUCAGUAAUAAAGAAUAUACUGAUGCGAUUAAUACUUAUAGUCGGACAAUUCUCGAUUGUGAGAAAUUAUGUGGACGCGAUCCACCACGUGGGCAUCCUCAUUCGAUGGAUUUGUGUUUGUUGUUAGCAAAUCGUGGAGCGAGCUAUCUUCGAAGGUUAUGGGAUGGCGACGCAUAUGCCGCACUACUAGACUUGAUACGGGCCUUGAAAAUUGAACCAAGAAAUAGCAAAGUACAUUAUCGGAUUAUUAAAGCCUUGACUGAAUUGAAGCAGUAUGAUAUGGCGAGGAAAAUAUCAAAACUAUUCAAGGAACGCUUUCCGGAUGAUCAUUCUUGCGAUAGACUAGAUGCCGUAUUACGAACUGAUCCUGCGGGACAGAAAAGUUGGACUUCAAAUGGUUGUUCAGAUUACGUUCAACGAUUAUGUGGUCAUUGCAAUACCAAUACUGACAUAAAAGAAGCUGUUUGGUUUGGUGGUAGGGAUGAGUAUAUCGCGGCAGGUAGUGACUGUGGUUCGUUGCUAAUUUGGGAAAGGAAAUCGGGUGCUUUGGUAAAAGGAUUUGAAGCAGAUAUGAAUAUUUUGAAUUGUGUACAACCUCAUCCAUCAAUUUUAUUGCUUGCAACCUCCGGAAUCGAACAUGUCAUUCGGUUUUGGGAGCCGCUUAAUGAGGAUGUUCAAAGGGAGAAUAGAGGAACAGGACGUGAAUUACACCGUCUUACGGCUCUAUCGGCGGCAAAUCAGAAGCGAAUGCAUACAGGUAUAUUCGAUAUGGUAGUUGCAUCUAUAGGACUUGCUGUGCAGGGUGCCGAUGAUAACGACAUUGAACGUGGAAGGCGGAUUGGUUGCAAUGCAAGUUAGAACAGAUCCUUUGACUUUUUAACUGUUAGUAAUUAGCAUAAUGUAUCAUAUUAUUGAAGUACAAUGGAAAUUCUAAGUCUAUGGGGAAGAAAAGAUUUUAUUUUUCACUCUCAGUAGUCCACUCAUGGAAUGAAUUAACUAGAAUGGAUAGGUCGGUCUCUUGUCGAAGACUCCUACACGGAGAUUCUGAUUUGCGGUAGGAGCUUAUCUGAAGAUGCAGAAUGCACUGGUUAAUUAAAAAUAAUGGUGUUUCUUGUUUUUAUUCUGCUGAUGAAUAAAUGUGAGUUGGCAAUAAAUCUAGGUGUAAUAUAAAAUGUCUCAAGGCAUCUUUUCUUUGGUAAUUUUCUUAGUUGGACUUUCGUGCAACCUUCAUUAUGACUAUGUUCGAC